UCCCCCAUCCACCGCUACAAAGUAGUCCUCUCCCCACUCUCCUUUCUCCUCUCUCUCUCUCUCAAAAAGUUUUCAAAGAAAGUUUCACUUUCUUCCACCAAAACUGUCAAUAAAUGAUCAGUAUUGAUCAAGAAAUCAAACCCAUAAGCAGAAGAAUCAUGGGAGAAGGCCCAGAUGAUGAUGAUGAUGAUGAUAGAGGACAUGAUAUAAAGUGGCCACUAUGGUUGAGUCCACUUCUUCAGACGAGAUUCUUUGUUCAAUGCAAAUCACAUGCUGAUGCACACAAAAAUGAAUGCAAUAUGUAUUGCUUGGAUUGUUUGAAUGGCGCCCUUUGUUCUCUCUGUUUAUCAUCCCACAAAGAUCAUAGAGUUAUUCAGAUAAGGAGAUCAUCAUACCAUGAUGUAAUAAGGGUUUCGGAGAUUCAGAAGUUCUUGGACAUAACAGGGGUUCAGACCUAUAUAAUCAAUAGUGCCAGAAUUGUGUUCUUGAAUGAAAGGCCUCAGCCUAGGCGUGGUAAAGGUGUCACCAAUACUUGCCAAGUCUGUGAGCGCAGUUUGCUUGAUUCCUUCAGUUUCUGCUCACUUGGUUGCAAGAUUGUUGGGACAUCAAAGAACUUCAUGAAUAGGAAAAUGUGCAAGAAGUUGGAUGGUUCAGACACUGAGGAAUCACUGAAUCGUAGCGCUCAGAGAAGACGACGAAGCUUUACACCGCCCCCAACCACCAUGAGCUACAGAACUGGCGGCAAGAGGAGGAAGGGAGUUCCACACAGAUCUCCAAUGGGAGGAUUUAUCAUAGAAUACUAAUAAAGACAGCACUGGUCAUAGAUAGAUAUUAUACCCAUAAAUAUACAGGUAUAGUAUGAAAAAAUAAUUUCACCACUACAUAUAUGUAUCUUGUUUCAUGUAUGUUAUUACAGCAUCUGAGCCUUUGUGCCCGGAGGCCGAUGUUGGGGAACUGAAGUAUAAGCUCCAAUGUAGAUAAAAGAAAUGAAUAGUGAAACAGUAUGUAGAUGGGUGAUGCACUAUGUGUUAAGUCUUGUUAGGAUUAGUUAUAGGGGAUGAAGGAUAUAAUGUCUAAAUGUGUAUAUAUUAUAAGCUUGUUGGGAUAUGUUGUACUGUGAAAAAUGAAUAAAAUGGUUAGUAAAUUUGAAGUUUGGUGUUAUAGCUUGUAA